AUUUUUAAACAUAUCAUCUAUGCAAUUGAUCAAAAUUACGAGGAUCCCUUCAUUUUACAAACUUGCAUCAACCUCUAUAGAAUCCUAUCAUGCGACCUGCUUGACAUUCCUCCUUAUCAGAGAUUCUCAUUCUCAACUAAUGAUAAGCCGGAUUUACUUCUACGCGAAGUUCCAGAAUGUUAUAUUCAAUCUCGCGCAGACCCUAUGUUUACAUGUGUUUCAAGUUUCUGGGAUAGAUUUUUCGAAGGGAAAGCCUGGUCUGAUCAGACAAAACGUAUUUGGGAGAGCUAUGAAAAUUAUAAAAAUGACUCUAACCCCAAAAAUAUCCCUCUUAAUUUGGCUGAGCAAGGACUUUCAGAAUUUCCAUCGCUACCAUCAGGGCAAUUUCCCACCCUCAUUAGAAAAGAGAAUGAUCUCCCGCUGCGUGGAAAAAUAGCUCUCUCAUCAAACAUAGAUAGAAGGAAAAUUAGGUUUAUACAACUGGCAGCUUUCAUUCGGGAAAUAUUUAAUAAGCAACCAGUCAGGCGAUUUGUGCACGGGUUCUACGUGUUCGACAAGGUAAUUGAAUUCUGGCUGAUCGAUCGAACUGGUGCAUACAGCUCAGGCUAUAUAAGUAAUGAAAACAAUGAGCAAUUUUUGGUACGUGCUAUCUGCUCAUAUCUACUGAUGAGUGACGAAGAAGUGGGUAUCGAUACAACGAUUCGCAAAGUUGAUGGACGGUCCAUCAUAACAAUUUCUGAUGGUGAGCCUGGGCAGACUAGAGAAGUUGAGAUAAACCCUAAACCUUCCAGUCAGGCAUGUGAUCUAGUUUCACGAGGUACCACCUGCUACUACUCACUUGACGAGAAGUUACUGGUCAAAUAUUCAUGGCACAGGGUUGAAGGGAAAUCCGAAAUUGAUUUACUGAAAGAAGCUAUCCAGGUCAAGGGUGUAAUCAAUCUGGUGGCAUCAGAAACAAUUUACAAGUCGAGUGAUGUCUGGGAAGAUUUAUCAGCUUUUAUUCCAAAAGAUUGGCACACAAUGGAACACGAGAAAUCCUCAAAAGGUUCUGAAAGAGUGGAAACGAAUGGAUAUAGGGCAUUGGAUGAAUAUGAAAUGACUAGAGCCGUUCUAUCACCAUACGGACGUCCUCUUGAUUCUUGUACAUCGGUAUUGCAAUUUCUUAUUGUCAUGCGAGAUGCACUUAUGGGGCACCGUGGCUUAUAUAACAAGAAAAUUAUUCAUAGCGAUAUUUCGGAAGAUAAUAUCAUUAUAGUGGCACCAACAGCGGACGAUAGAUCAAGAGGAAUGUUAAUAGACUUGGAUCUUUCAAUCUCGGACCACGAUACUUGUAAGACGAGCACACGUGAAUAUCCCGUGGGCACAUUAAAGUAUUUGGCUCUUGAACAAGUGAUGAUGUUGGUAGGAAAUACAUGUGAGCGGGAUUAUGACUUCAUUUCGUCUUAUUUUUACGACCUAGAAUCAUUUUUCUACGUGUUUCUAACAGGAUGUGUAGAGUAUGGACGGGACCCUGAUCUUCGAUGGCACAGCUUAAAUUCAUGGCGGAAAAAAGAUGCAGAUGAUGCCCUUGAAAAUAAGCUUGAUGAUAUUCAGAUAAAUUAUGAGAACUUUAUCAACACCAAGUUCUCAAGUAGCUUUGUUGAUUUCAAGAAUUUGGCCCAGGAGCUGCGUAAGAUAAUGUUUGGCAAUACUACAUAUUGUUACCUACACGUUGGAGACCCUGAUUUACUGUAUAUGGAGAUGAUUAAGGCGUUUAAUAAAGCUAUUGGGCAAAUUGAAGGUAAGAUUGGUUUACAAUUAGAUCCAAGAGCUUUUCCCUACCAUGAGAGACUAGCUGACACACCAUAA